AUGGAACACCCCGCAAAGUUGGAUGCCAAAAAGAUAAUUUCAGACUAUAUUGCCAGUUCCUCACAUCCAUUGCCAACGGAUGCCCCCUUUAACGAACGUGAGCGACUAGCCGAGCUUAAGAAACAGGUCAGCCUGAAUCGGGACUGGUGUGAUGAUUUGCGGCGCUUGAGUUCCGGACUGUACGCACUCCAGCUGGGGACACAAUGCGCUAUCAAAAACAACUCCUUUAGUCAGCAAAUUACAGAGGAUCUAAAUGCCACAAUACGAAAUAUGGUAGACAAGAGCCAGGAGGCGGACUUCACUCGCGACAAGCGUUGGUUGGAACACGCGGUCCGCAGGAAAUCAAAGCAGAUUCUGGUGGAUCAUAUGGAGUUGCAAAAAUUGCAAGGAGUCAAGCGGAUGCAGGAACAACUGCGCCUGAAGUUGACCAGCUCCCGAAUCAUGAAGCAGCUGGAACGGGAACAGGCCACCUUACGCUGCGAACAGAAUGCGAUGGCCGAUUUGGAAGCUGCGGUGAACGAUAUUAUCCAAAGGCACCAGGAGGUGAAGGAGCGGAAAUUUCGGGAAAUAGCGGAAGUGGCAGUGCAGAUCGGUGAUGGUCAAGUACAGCUACAGGAGCUACGCUCGAAACUGUUGCAAGUUAGUGAGCAACGUCAUGGGGAGCUUCACCAUGGUCAGGGCGAUAAGUCGGAUGCAUGCACAGAAGACGGCAACAUGGACAGGGGAUUAACCUCACAAUCCGCUAGCGAUGAACCAACGACACCCAACAUCGAGCCAAUUGACUGGAACAUUGGAGGAGUCAACAUCGACCUGCGACUGGAUAUGCACUUUAAAAAUCCCAACGAUUUUCCGGAUAUUUUAACCCGCCUGGAUUCUAUUACCAACAGUAAUUCAAGCGCACAGAAAGUGCCACUGUCCACGUGCAACAAAAAGAACACCCUCGGGAAACGCACGUUAGCUGAUGAUCCACAGAACAGUCCUGAUACGGAAGUGCAGGAUGUAGUGGUAGAAACACCGCCCAAAGAGACCAGUGUUUCAAAGAAGCACAAACUAACCUCAGCUGUCCAGAAAAAGUCACCGCGUGACCACUCGAAGGAAAACACUCCAUCAGCGCCAACUGAAAGCUGUGUAGGAGCAUUUCCACCGGUCGGAGAAUAUUUAGAGGAGACGAAACCAAGGUCGAAAAAACGCACAUACAAGCAGACUGAAGAGAAAACACCAUCACCAUCAUCGACCGGAUCGCAACGGGUGUUACGCAAACAUGCUGGGUCAAUGUCCUUGCAGACAGUUGUUGCGAGUCGUGAUGAGGACUUGAUGGACGUAGACAAAGAAGUCGAUGGUGAGCUGGAUUCUUCGAAAAGUGAAAACUCGCUGGACUUUGCGAUGCAAAGUUUGAGCAACGAGUUCGACAUGAACAUGUCUGGAGGGUUCAACUGCAGUCCUGGAGUGCCUGAAGAGGAGUUGGAUUUUCUCAACCCGAGCCCCAGGAAUGGAAAAGGUACGGAACAGGACAACGCCGAAGCUGGCGAUGGUAUGGACAGUUUUGAUUUUGCCUUUGGAGGCACGCAUUCCACCGAGAACAUAGAGCAGGAGGAUGAUUUUCUUUAA